UUUCUCACUUGACCUCAAAUCACAAAUUAGCAACUGUUUAGAUUGGAUCUUGAUCUCUGGCGGGCGAAGUUGGAGGAGAUUGAUGGAAAGCCGGCCGGGAGUUUUGGUCGUCGGAUCCUCUGGCGUCGGCAAGCGCACCCUCCUCUCUCGAUUGCUCUCUGUGGAAUUUGAGGAUUCAUCGGAGUCACCAUCUCAAACAGAAGUUCAUGGCUGGACGAUUAACACUAAGUACUACACUGCGGAUGUUUCUGUAUGUAUAUCACAUAUUUGCGAUGACUACUCUCUACCCAAUCUCCCUCACUCACAUCCACUGGUGGCGUUAGUUAUGGUCUUCGACUUGAGUGAGCUGUCAACUCUUGUUGCUCUUCAAGACUGGGUUUCUCAUACCGACAUCAACAAUUUUGAUAUAUUGUUGUGCAUUGGUAACAAAGUAGAUCGUGUCCCUCAUCACCUAGCUCAUGAUGAAUAUAGACGACGCCUUUUGAAGGCAACAGACCCCUCUAGAAUUCUGUAUUCGGACAUUGAUGACUUUGGGAUCUCCGAAACCGAAGGAAGCAGCUUGUUGGGAAGUCAAGAUACAUCACUGGAUAUCAGGGGAGCAUGUCUUGAGUGGUGCUCUGAGAAUAACAUCGAGUUCAUUGAGGCUUGUGCCUCUAAUCCUGAUUUUGACAAGUGUUUAUCAGUCGAUGGGGAUUCCCAAGGGGUUGAACGUCUAUUUGGUGCUCUUUCGGCUCAUAUGUGGCCUGGGAUGAUUCUGAAAUCGGGUGAUAAGAUCAAUGAUCCGGUGUUAGCUCAAGGGGAAGAGUUGUCAGAAGAAGAAUCUGAAUAUGAAUUGGAGUAUGAAGUGCUAUCAGCAGGCUCAGGUGAUCCAUGGGAGAAUAUCGACGAAAGAUGGGUUUCUGCAAGUGAAACGCAUUCACAUGCAGAUGCUGGCGGAUCCACGUCACAGGAAAACCUCCAUGUUGAAAAUAAUAUGGUGAAAUCGAAUAAUGUUGUGGAUGAAGAGCUGCGGCCGUCAGGGUCACAGUUAGAGCCGCAAAAUGACACUGACAGAGCAAUAGUAACAGAUGAAAGAUCUUUGGACACAGAAAAUGAAAAAUGUUAUGAGUUUGAAGACGUGGAACAGUUGAUGUCAGAAAUAGGAAACAUCCGAGACAACUUGCGAUUGAUGCCUGAUUUCCAGAGGAGGGAAAUUGCUGCAAAUUUAGCGAUGAAAAUGGCUUCCAUGUUUGGAGGUGACAGUGAUGACGAGGAAGAACCUGAGUGAGUCUGUUUAUAUCAAUUAUUGUGGACGAUCGAUUUAAUCCUGUCUUCAUACAACUUUUAUCAAAAUUCGUUUCUUGUUUUGCUAUAGAUUCUGGCAGUAAAAGUCAGUUCCUUGAUGUGAUACAAAGCUAUUCUAGGUUAUCUGGGCCGACCUGUUAUAUAUCUCUUUACUUUGUCUCU